UCCAUCAUCGUCGACUUGUCGUAGGCUUUUGCUCCCGUGAAGUUUUCGAAAAUGGAGGCGGCGAACAAGCUGGUGAGCUUUGGAAUGCGCGCGGCGAACAACAACACAGUGAUAAGCGUGGGCCUCGUCGGAGCCUUCUUCGCCCUGAGUGCAAGGUCAAUGCAUCAGCAAAACACAAUCGAAGCUCUAGAGGCGGAGAAGGCCUCCCUCAUCAAAUCGAACAAGGCCACCAAGCAGACCAUGUGGGACUGGAAGCAACAGCUCUACUCCGAAGCCGACUCUGACUCAGCCCUCGUCCCGCUCUCCAGGCUCAGAGCCAUCUACGGCGAAUCCCCUACUCCCCCGAAAAUUGCUGAGGAGGUAACGGAAUCUGCCCGCGCCAAAUUCGUGGUCUGAGUUGUGCUGCAUUUGGCGGGUUUGUUUCUUCUCGAUUUAGUAUUGCAGGCAAGGUGUUUGUGAAAAUGACUGUGAGAACUUGCGACUGUAGCCCUUUGUGAACUUUUGUGUUGUUUGAUGUGUUAUGUGGCAUUUGCAACAAGCUCAUAAAUUUUCUUGAUCAA